AUGGAGCAAUUCACGGACGAGCUGCGCUCCGUCCAGAAUCACAAGCCCCCGCUCAGCGCCAACAAGCAACACUACAAGAACGUGGUCAAUGAAGUAGAGAAAUUCAUCAAGAAAGCCAAGCCCGAACAUCGCCUGACGGCCCUGUAUAUCAUAGAUGCCAUCGUCAGGGGCUCCAUAAGGCAGUUCGGGUCGAAGGACGUGUACGUCGGCCGCUUUACAGCCAACCUCGAGCGUUCCCUGGACUACAUCCUUCAGUGCUCUGAGAAGGACCAGAAGGCGGCACGUCGGGUCAUCGCGCUGUGGCACAAGAACAAGGUGUUCCCUCCGAGCGUGAUCGAUGCGUUGGUCAUGGUGUCCAUACGCAGAACUGGCGUGCCCCCGGAUCUGCCGGAGGUGGACAAUCUCCCCUCGGACACUCCACCACCGAUGGAGAGCGAGGCCAAGUCUCCCUCGCCGCCCUCUCUGAGCCCCUCGCCAUCCGUGGAGCGCCCAAGUUCGCAGCCCAACGUGCUGCAACAGAUCCAGGAGAAUGCCUUCGGCUUUUCCGCGCCAUCCUCUUCCGCCUCCGCCUCUUCCCAGUCCUUCACGCCCACGCUUGCUCCCGUGUCGGCACCGACCGACCCUCGACUCGCUGCCCAAGUCCAGCCCCAGGCGUUGCGACCACCUGUCGACCCACGCUUGGGCGCUGCUUUUUCUCCUUCUCCCGCCGCUGCGACGGCUACCUCGCCGCCCGAGCUCUCCACUGCCCUGGGCAACGGCCACCUCCUCAGCAUGCUCGGAGCCCAGAUGGCCGGCCUCUUGCCUGCCGCCGCACAGUCGACCGCCACCGGGGCCUUCUUGGGCUCCACUCCCACCUCAUUUAUGCCCUCCAGUGUGGCGUUGGUCCAUCCGCCACUGCUGCGGCCACGCAGCUACCCGCCUCGCUGCUCGCCCAACGCGCGCCAGCAGGCGCCUGGCAAGGUGCCGAAGAACCGAGGCACGGCUGGCCACAAUCCACUCUACUUUGACUAUGGCGACGAUGACGAUGACGACACACGCCUCGAAGAACAGCGAAAACUUCGCCAGGAGCACGAGGAACGACUCGCCCAAGAGGCGGCGACGUCGCAGCGACUGCAACCGCAGGCGCCGCCAUCUUCACUACCGCAGCCGCAGCCGCAGCCGCAGCAGCAGUGGGCGGCAGGGCCACCACUACGGAAUGCAAAUGUGGCUCCUCCAUCGCACAUGGGCCAACCACAACCACCACCACAACAACAACAAACCCCGGAGCAGUUGGCCGCUGCCCUCGCCUCCUUCUAUGGCAGCGAUGUUGCAGCGCCUGGCGGGCCGCCAGCCUACGCCGCCGCCCAUUCUCACCGGCCGGCAGCGGCAGCGACAGAGAGUGCGGCCUACGAUCCAUUCACCCCCUCUUCCUUCUCCAGUCCGCCUGCCCGCCCUGACCCCGUCGCCUCCGGUUUCACCAAGGUUCCCACGACGACGUGCUACCUGGGGGGCCUCCCGCCGGGCACCACGCACGAGGUGCUGCGGGCGCAUUUCGCCGCCUACGGCAGGAUCAUGCGGCUGAAGGUGAUGGAGGACAAGAAUGUCGCUUUUGUCACCUUCGCCCAUCGUCCCGACGCCGAACGCGUCAAGGCGCAGGGCGACGCCGGACAGGUCAUGGUCGGCGGCAAUCUCGUCAAGGCAUACAUUCCCCCCCCAAACCCCUCCAACAAAUCGGUCCAUUGGCGAAGAGGCCAAUGCUCGUUCCCUGCCAAGGUCGGGUGGGCUCGCGGCGCCAAUCCGAUCGGAGCAAAGGAGAACUUCAACAUGGAGACUGGCGAGACCUUGGUCACGGUGGAGGAAGCCAUGCGCCACCAGCAGCAAGAUGGCCAGCACGCUGGCGGACCUCCUCAGUUCAGUGGUGGACGUGGGCGUGGAGGCGGCGGUCCGUACCCCGCGCCCGGCUCACUAGCCUCGGCGGCUCCGCAUUGGGGCGGUGGCGGCCCGCCCGCGGGUAGCUACCAACAAGCGGACUCCGGCGGGUACCCGCUUCCCCAGCAGGCCAUGAUGGGGCACCAGCAGCCGGGUCCAUUCCCGCCUUUUGCCGCCGCCGGCGGCGCGGGGGAUUUCGGCCAAGGCGGCUUCCGGCCGGGUCCUGGGGGAUCCUCGUGGAACGAGGGGGCGCCACCACCGAAACGGCGCCGCUUCGACGGAAGCGAUGAUGACGGUAGCGGCGGCAGGGGAGGCGAAUACGGAGGGCCUCCGCCGCGCAAGCCUUGGCGGGACGACCAGCGGGGACACCACCACGACGACCACCGAGGCGUAGAGAGGAGGGACGACCACCACCGUCACGACCGAGGCGGCCGCAGGCGGGAGUCGGGCUGGGAUAAAGUCUCCUCCUGA